CCCCAAUUCUCCAAACGCAUUGAAUCCAAAUCGAGAAGCAGAGCUGAGGGGCGGUUAACGGCACGGUGGCCGAAACUGUUGACAAGAGCCAACUACCCAACUCAGUGUCUACGCUACCACGUAGCACCACACGUGUCGCUUUCCUCUUGCUCCCAAUAAGAGAGCCACCGUACUCACUCCGAAUUCUGAAAUGGCUCAUACUCACUCGGCUCCCCCUCCCUCAUCACUUGUCAUGGCUCACUGGGUUCUCGUACGCAUUUUUUCAAACACUUGGUGUUCCCAGGCUCUUGCUUUUCUUUCCUCAAUUCUCUUUCACUGAUACCACUCCUCAGCUCCCUCUAUAUCGAUGAAGAGGAAUGCCUUUGCCGCUGCCGCCUCCGCUCUCUACCGCCGCCGCCCAUCCCUGCCUAUCUCUCCAAAUUUACGGCAUGAGAGUGCCACUGGAAGUGUCUUACGCAAAUGCAUGCCGCUGGAAUAUCUAGAACUUGUUGAGGUUGGUGAGAGGCUGCAUUGCUGGUCGCCGUCUUGCUUGUUGCACCGGAAUUCAUAUUCAACUGGCUUCACCAGUGUGCACGGUGAAACGCCAUCUGCUGAAUAUGCGAGGAGGAGGAGGGAAACACUGGAAAAUCAAUUUGGGCGUGCCCUUGGAACUUACAGCUCCAAGAGCUUCAAUGCUAUCUACCGCUUUGGCCCCUUUUUGGCUCUGUACAGGGCAGCAAUUAUUUCAUUUCAUGUGUUAAGGCUAGCAAUAUGGCAGUUCUUCCUUCAAGAUGUUGAAAAACGUGCAGUUAAGUUUCGUGAAACACUCAUACGCUUGGGUCCUUUCUACAUUAAGCUUGGGCAGGCAUUGAGCACUAGACCUGAUGUAUUACCAAAAGUAUACUGCCAAGAACUAGCUAAGUUACAGGAUCAAAUACCCCCAUUUCCAACAUAUGUUGCAAUCAGAUCUAUUGAAACCCAGCUUGGUCUUCCUAUUUCUGAUAUUUUUAGUGACAUUAGCCCUGCACCUAUUGCAGCAGCAUCCUUGGGGCAAGUUUACAAAGCUCACCUGCAUUCUGGAGAGUUGGUAGCCGUUAAAGUUCAGAGGCCUGGUAUGUCACUUUCAUUGACCCUUGACGCCUUGUUAUUCCAUAUGAUUGGAGGGCAAUUUAAACGAUUUGCCAAGGCCCGCAAAGAUCUUUUAGUGGCUGUAAAUGAAGUGGUCAGGCACAUGUUUGAUGAAAUUGAUUAUGUCCUAGAGGGGAAAAAUGCUGAGCGCUUUGCUUCUCUAUAUUGUUGGUCUUCAAGUGGUACCAAUGUCGAACACAAACGAAGGAAGUCCAUCAAAGCUCCAAAAAUAUAUUGGGACUAUACAUGUACCACUGUACUGACUAUGGAGUGGAUAGAUGGAAUUAAGCUUACAGAUGAAAAGGGGUUGAAGGAAGCUUCUUUGAACAGAAGGGAACUCAUUGAUCAGGGAUUAUACUGCUCUUUGAGGCAACUACUUGAGGUUGGUUAUUUCCAUGCUGAUCCUCAUCCAGGAAAUCUUGUAGCAGUUGGUGAUGGAUCACUUGCAUACUUUGACUUUGGAAUGAUGGGGGAUAUUCCUAGGCAUUACCGGAUAGGUCUUAUUCAAAUUAUUGUGCACUUUGUUAAUCGUGACUCUCUGGGUUUGGCAAAUGACUUUCUUUCUUUAGGAUUUCUUCCUGAAGGGGUUGACAUACAUGGGGUUUCUGAUGCACUGCAAGCAUCAUUUGCCCGUCGGACCAGUCGGACAGGUGAAUCUCAAGAUUUUCAGGGAAUUAUGAACCAACUAUAUGAUGUAAUGUAUGAAUUUAAUUUCUCCCUCCCGCCAGACUAUGCUCUUGUCAUAAGAGCAUUAGGAUCACUAGAAGGCACGGCUAAAGUUCUAGAUCCUGAUUUUAAAGUCAUUGAGAGUGCAUAUCCUUUUGUCAUUGGGAGACUUAUAGCUGACCCAAGUCCUGAUAUGAGAAAAAUUUUGAGGCAGCUGCUUAUUCGUAAUAAUGGAUCCAUAAGGUGGAGCCGGCUAGAGCGCCUGAUAGCAGCAAUAUCUGAACAGGCUUCUGAUUUAAAUGGAGAUCCAAGUUCUGAGAAGCAUUUUAGUCCCGUUUGGAAAUUAUUUGAUAUGCAUGCUGUGGUUGAUUCCACUGAAGAUCUUUUAUUAUUCAUAUUAUCAGACAAGGGUCUGAGAGUGCGUCUUUUCCUUCUUCGGGAUAUAGUUGAAGCAGCUGAUGCAUUUCUGCAAGAUGAAGUGAUUGAUUGUGUGUUAAAUGAGAACCCUCAAGAACAGAAUAUCUUCUUAUUCGAGGAGCGGGCUAUGCUAGGAAGGAUCGGAAAGGGAUUUCAAUACUUUCGUGAGGUGGUGAAGCUGGCACCUGAGGAGUGGACAGCGAUGCUAAUGAGGAUGGCACUGAAACCUGAGGUCCAUAAAUUUGUUAUAGACAUUAUUUCAGCGUUGGCUACACAUUCCAGCCAGAAAUUGCAAGUAGCUUCUUGGCUAUAUUUAUCAAGGCUUGUUCACAGAUGGUCAAAUUCAGGUAGAUAUACUACACACCCUUGACUUUCCUGCGCUAGAAAUUCCACGUGUCUUCUAGGCAUUCUUUUUCUUUGGUAUGAAGAUGAUUUCUUUCUGACUAUAGCACAUACCUCCCAAAUUUUACGGUUUUCUCUUCUACUUUUUGUCAGCCCAUAAAAGAGGAUAAUUUGAUAUUUAUUUGAUAUAUUUUACAAUUUUUUAAUCAAUGUACAUACAUUUUUUAGUUUAUUAGUGGAAAAAAUACAUGUGAAAUAGAUUGCAUGCAACUUUCUGAGUUUUUCCCCCCUUCUUGUGGAGAGUACUUUUUAUUAAGAUGACGGAUGACCCAUAUUUUUUA